CAUUUAUCGAUGCGGCAUUAGAAGAGCUACAAAACGAAAGCCCCGUGACGUCUUUCUUGUGCGCCAUUUCCCCGUCGUCACGUGAUCGGCUUCGUCGCGCGUUUCAGUGCAGUGAAGAUGGCGGCUGGCAGCUCGGUGCCGAGUGAUCUGUACCAACACGUUUACACGUUUCUACUAGAGAACAAGUUCACCAAAGCCGCUAAGGAGUUUAUAAAGCAGGCGAAAGUCAAACCUCAGGACCAAAAUGAAGAAGGACUGAUAGACAUCUUCAGUUUUUGGGUUAAGUCUCGAGAGGCUACAAAACGAAAAGCGGUCCCCGGAGGUUCCGGGGUUAACGGACCGUGUGCGAAAAAAGCAAAGCAGGAUGAGGAGAGUUCGAGUGAAGAGGAUUCGAGCAGCGAUGAGGAGGAUGCAGCGCCUGCCCAGAAAGCACCUAAAGUCGCGGCAUCUCCAGCGGUGAAGAAGGCAGCGGUGAAGAAGGCAGCGGCAGCUCCAGCGGUGAAGAAGGCAGCGGUGAAGAAGGCAGCGGCAUCUCCAGCGGUGAAGAAGGCAGAGUCCAGCAGCAGUGAUGACUCCAGUGACUCUGAGGAUGAAGCCGCCACCACCAAAACACCAGUACAGAAGGUCACAGCUGUGAAGCCUGCAGCUUCGUCCCCUGCAGCAGCCAGGAAGAAGGACACCAGCUCCAGCAGUGAGGAGUCUGAUUCGGAGGAAGAACCGGCCAAACCGGCAGCUACAGGAGCCAAGCCUAAGACUGUGACUCCUAAAGCCACGGCUAAAGCCGCUCCUAAAGCCCCAGUUCAGAAAAAGCAGGAGAGCAGCAGCAGUGAGGAAAGUUCAAGUGACUCUGAAGACGAGACUCCAGCAAAGGCAGCGGUGAAAGCCCCUGCCCCGGUCAAAGCUCCUGCCCCGGUGAAAGCCCCUGCCCCGGCGAAAGCCCUUGCGAAAGCCCCAGCUACAGCCAAUGCCAGCAGUAGCAGUGAAGAAUCCUCAGAGGAGGAGGCACCACCUAGUAAGAAACUUAAAGCAGGUACAUACAGUGCUGUACCUCCACCUGCAGUUCAGAAAGCCCCUGCUCCAGCAGCUAAAAAGGACUCAUCAGACAGCAGUGAAGACAGCAGUGACGAAGAGGAAGAAAAGAAAGCCCCUGCCCCUACAAAGGCAGUGGCUCCCAAACCUGCAGCCAAGAAAGACGAGUCCAGUUCAGACAGCUCGGAUUCAAGCUCUGAGGAUGAAGCAAAAAAACCAGCUGCCAAAGCGGCAUCAUCUAAAGCAGCUCCUACUAAAGCCCCAGCGGUUUCCAUUAAGACUGCGGCAGCUCCUGCUAAGAAGGAUUCUUCCUCAUCCUCUAGCUCUGAGGAUUCAGAUGAUGAAGCAGAGAAACCGAAGGCUAAGGCUGCCCCGGCUAAGGCUGCCCCGGCUAAGGCUGCCCCGGCUAAGGCUGCCCCGGCUAAGGCUGCCCCGGCUAAGGCUGCCCCGGCUAAGGCUGCAGAAGUGUCAUCUUCUAGUUCUGAAGAGUCUGAUGAUGAUGAUAAAGCCAAACCACCUGCUAAAGCUGUCCCUGUUAAAACUCCUCCAGCAAAGGGUGGCCCUGCAAAAAAAGCAGAGUCUUCAAGCUCAGAUUCUGACAGCUCCGAAGACGAAGCUCCUGCCAAACCUGCAGGCAAAACAGAAACUCCAAAAACCACACCCAAACCAGUGUCCACACCGAAAACUCCAGUCACACCCAAGACUCCAUCCAAGCCUGCAGAGAGCAGCUCGGACUCUGACAGCUCUUCUGACGAAGAGGAGCCUCCUAAGAAAGCUGCUGCUCCUGUCGUUAAACCAGCAACACCCAAAACUAAACCAGCGGAGAGUAGCUCCGACAGUGACAGCUCCGACUCGGAAGAUGAGACUCCAGCGACUAAAACAGCUAAAACUUCGCCUUCCACAAAAAGCUCCACCCCUACCGCUAAAGUAGCCACACCCACAAGAGCUAAACCCACACCCACAAAAGCUAAACCCACAGCUAAAUCCAGCAGCAGUGGCUCAGACAGCUCAAGUGAAGAUGAGGAUGAUAAGAAGAUUAAAGGAAAACCUGCUGCCACUUCUAAGCCUUCUGUGACUCCAACAAGCACUAAAAAGGCUGAAAGCAGCAGCUCCGACUCUUCAGACAGCUCCGAUUCAGAGACCGAAGCUCCCAAAAAGACCCCGGCCAAACCUGCCGUGACCAACGGGAAAACAACUCCUAAAACCCCUGCUUCUACCACAAAGACGGCUGUAUCGAAGCCCGCGGAGUCAUCGUCCAGUGAAGAAAGCUCUGAUGACGAAAAGGAAGCGAAGACACCAGUAAAAACCACACCUGCUGCAAAAACCACGCCUGCUGCAAAAAGCACGCCGAACGCUGCCGCAAAGAAAAAGCCCGAGAGUAGCUCGUCAGAGAGCUCAUCUGAGGAAGAGGAGGUGAAAACUCCCAAGACUACUAACGCCACUCCAGCAAACGGUUCAAAGGGCAAAAGAAAAAGGACCGACGAGGACGAAGACGCUUCGAUGAAAACGCCUCAGAACAAACCUGUUCACGUCACACCUCAUUCUUUCCCCAAAGCCAAAAAGAAGAAUGGCAAUAACCCUUUCCGUAGAAUAAAAGACGAGGAGAUUGAGAUCAACCCGCGCAUGUCGGACAAUUCUUUCACAGCCAAGUUGGGGGCGAGUGGAGAUUGGGGCGAGAAGGCCAACGACGUGCUUAAAUACACCAAAGGCAAAUCUUUUAGGCACGAAAAGACGAAAAAGAAGCGAGGCAGCUACAGGGGAGGCACCAUCUCGACCAACAUCAAUUCCAUUAAAUUUGACAGUGAUUGAGGGCUCAACCCACGAGCACCACGUUUCCUUCACCCUUCUGGACUACUUUUUCUGAUGCUGUAGUGUCCUAUUUGAGGAUCUGGCCACCCCAGACAACUGCAGUGUAUUUGUGCUGUACUCAGGUCAUUAUUGAUAAUGAGCAAAGUAAAGCCUCGAGCAGACACACAGCCAUGUCAGGUGCAGUUUCAUUUCUUAGCCACAAGGUGGUGACCUCACUUUGCUCAUAUAUCUACAUUACUCUUUCCUUUUAUUUGUACUAUCAGAAUUGUAUUGUCAAAGUCCUAGUUUCAUGAGUUUAUAUCGAGUUAGUAAAGCUUUUUUUUCCUUUUAAUUCAGCUAAUGAAGCGGUUAUAUUCUGUUUUUCAGUCUGGACAAUAAAUCGAUGAAUGGUUUCUUUUUAUCUGUUUUGAAUUUGAUAUUGGUGUGAAACUGAUCAGUUAAUCAGGCUACAUAUGCUGAGUGUGGUGAUUGUGCACAACGUCUAAUGUGAAUAAGGAGCCAUCUUUAGUAGCACUCACAUUGUUCAUACUGUGGCUGUUUUUAGUUUUUGAUUCUAAUUUAACUACCGCAACAGAUGUAUUAGUUUUGUCCCAUUUGUUUAUGUAUUCGUAAUUAAAACCUUAAUGAAUCUUAA